CCGUACAACUUCACACUCUUAGUGGAAACAAUUCAUUUUGAUAACAAAACAGAAACUUGUUCAGGCACAACAUCUCUGGAGAAAAUUAAGACAGUGACCACCUGUGUGGGUUUCAUUCACUGCUGCCUCAAUCCCAUCCUGUAUGCUUUUGUGGGUGUGAAGUUCCGCCGUCAGCUCAUGAGCAUCCUCAGGUCUCUGGGCUGCAAAGUGGCAAGUGCAAAAAUCCAGUCUUUUGUCAGCAACAGGAGAAGCUCCAUGUGGUCCGAGUCUGCCGACACUUCCCACUCGCUUGCUAUCUGAGAAAG